UUUUCUCCUUUUCUUUUUUGUUUUGUAGCUUUAGUCAUCAUGGCGGCCGACGGUGAGAGUAAGCCGAAAACUUCCAAAGGAAAAACACCAACUCAGGAAGAAAUAUACAAUGGCUUCCAGACUUUACGGAAUGAACAACGUGUUCUCGUCACCAAAUUGUCCGAGCUCGAGCUUGACCUUAGUGAGCACAAGAUUGUGGUUGACACCAUGAAAGACUUGGAUGGUGACCGGAAAUGUUUCCAGCUGAUCGGUGGCGUACUCUGUGAACGAACUGUCAAAGAAGUUCUGCCUCAGUUAACACUGAAGAGAGAUUCGAUCACCAAGGUUAUAACGGACUACAAUGAACAAAUUACCAAGAAAGGAAAGGACAUCAAUGAAUAUAAGGAAAAAUACAACAUCAAAGUGCGUGGCCAGGAUGAUAUGCCUUCAGAAACAGACAGCAAGGACAAGGGAGAAAGUUCAAGUCCAUCGAAAAAUGUCAUGGUGGAAGCUAUGUGAGCAAUGUCUGAAACUUCAGUACAUUGUCCGGGUACAUAUUUGUGUUUUUCAUGAAGCAAUUUUAAACUUCGGGGAGUAAUCCUCUUUGAUGUGUUUUCCGAGCAUUGUGAUAUUGCCCCAGCAAUUUAAAUCCUCUAUGUGACUGAACAGUAGCUACAACUUUGUGUGUUUUGAUUUAUUUAUUUGUUCUGUUUCACUAUUUAAGAGCUGUUUUAUUCCUUGCUGCUCCUUUGUCAGAUUCUUAUUUUUGAGUAGACUGCUUUCAUCAUUAAGACUUUGGAACAAAAGUCUUGAUGCUUGUGUUUGAAAAUUGUGAUGUCUCUCUUUGUUGUUUUGUUGUGAAAAUUGUGGAUUUCUUUUGAUCUUGUUCAGUUCUUUGCUCAUUCUGUGGUACUGAGAGGCUUUCUUGAGACAGUGGCCAUGAUGUGUCAGAUUUCAUAACCAUUCAUGUUACAUACUAUGUUGCAUUUUUACAUCAAAAGAUUUUAAUUUCACUUUGUCUGUCACUUCAAAUGUGCUUGUCUUUCCAUGAAUUUCUGGCUAGGGCAGUGACUUCUGUGUGUAUACUCAAUGUAUUACUGUUGUAUAAAAAGGACUAAUUUUUCUUAUACAAAAAGUUUUUAUUAUUGCUGAUAAAAACGGUUACACUUGAAGUUAUGAAGACAAUAUCUUAGUGUAGUGACAAGGUUGAAACUUGCUCACAUCUUAAGCAAAUUAUUUUACGAAGUGUAAAGUAACAUGAAAUAAUAAUAACCAUAACUUAACAUGAGAGCAUUAGCCAAUUUAAAUUGUUCAAUCAAACAAUUACCAAAACUCAACAAAUUUUCAGUCAACAAAGAUGUCAUGACAAAACCAAAACAUGCCAUCAAACUAAUACUUGAUAACUCAAUGACCUUGAAAACGCUUUGAGUAUUAUGCAUUGAAAUUCAAGUUUAACAUACUUAAAAGAACCUUAAUAGUCUUGUGACAAGCAGUUUACCAGUUAUCAUGGAAAAUUGUGUUCACCAUGUUUUCUUUAUGAAAUGCUGUGCCUAAUAACUUACAGUUUUAAUCACAAUUGGCAACUUAUUUUAGUAGAAUGCCAAAAUAAUCCAACAUUCAUUUUUGUUAAUAAAAAUUUAGGGUACUUGUAA